AUGGACUAGAAUUAGUUUUAAAAAAAGUUUCUUACAUUAGAAUACAAAACAAUUGAGUAUUAAAAUGGAUUUUAUCAAGGCUAUUUAAAGAAUAAUUUAAGACAUGGAUUAGGAUUCUAUUUUUGGGAUAAUGGACAUAUAUUUUUUGGAAAUUGGGAGAAUGAUACAAUUGAAGGGAAUGGUAUAUUUUACUUUCCAAAAGGCGGUUAUUUUUUUGGGAAGUUUAUAAAUAAUAAGGCUAACGGAUAUUGUUAGUUAGCAUACUAAGAUGGCUCUUCAUAAUAGGGAAUUUGGAAAGAAGGAAAUUUGUAAGGAAAAUGUCUAAGCUUUAAAAAUAAUUAAUGGAAAUAUGAAGAAUAUUUUUAAAACUCAGUAAAAGUUUCUUCUGUUAGCGAUUUAUCAAAAUCUACUUAAAUGUCUCUUUUAUCAUUUUUAUUAGAGAAAAUAUUUCAUAUAAAUAAUGAUACUAAAAUUUAUCAAACAGAGACAGCCUUUAGAUAUUGUCAUCCUCAUUAUAAUAAUAUAUUAAUAGAAAUUAAUUUUGCUGAAUAAACACUAUUUUUAUUAGCAAAUACAAAUAUUGUGGAUUAAGAAGGUGGCUAUGGUAUUCUUCAUCAUAACCUAAAACCUAUAAUAAGAGGAUAUUUUUAACAAGGAAAACUAAACGGACUUGGUUGUAUUCUUUAAGAAGGAGAAAGUUUAAAGCCAUCAUAUUUGAAUAAAGGCUAAUUUGUAGAUUUCAAUUUACAGAUUUUAGAUGGAAUCUUUAUGGAUGGAGAGUUUUAAUAUGGCGUAUAAUAUAGAUAGUAAGACGAUAUAUCUUAGUUAUGCUAAGUUUUAAAUGGCUAGAUAAAUAAUAUUUCUUCCUAAAAAGGUUUCAUAGAGUACAAUUUGAAAAGUUACAAGCAUCCUUUAAAAGACUCUAAAUUUUAUUUUGAUAAGGCCACUCCUUGUAAUUUAGUUUCUUUAAGUUAUUUACAACUUCUGCAACUCGAUAAUAUAUAAUGUUUUCCAAGUAAUUUGAAUGCAAGUACAAAAAUAUAAUCUUCAUUAAAACAGAAAGAUAAAAGCCUUGCAAGCAGUAAAUCUAAGUAAAAAUCAUUUACUGACUCGCCUAUAAAAUAGUCCUAUAACCAAAAUCUCCAACAAAAUUUGCUUUUAAACAGUCAAAUAUAAAUGACAGUUAGCAAGUAAUUGCUCAGCCCUAAAAAUAGUGAAUGUGAAUAAAUUGAUUAUAUGACAUUGCUAUACGAUAUUUAAAACAGGAAAAAAGUUUUUGGAGAUCUGAAAUAAAGUUUAGAUAAAUUUUAAAUAAAAUAAGAAAACUAACUUAUGGCUGAUUAUGUUUCAGGUCAAGAGUUAGAAGUACAUUAAAACAUACAAAAUGAUAAUUCUAAUUGGAAAGAUUUAAUCAUUAAAGAAUUAAAUAUUUCCAAAACUAAAUGA